CCAAUGGAAAUAAUACAACACUUAUACAAGGAAAGAAAGAUGAUAAUACGGCAAAAGUUAUGAUCUUCAUUGCUGUCCCAGUUGGAGCAACUCUAUUAUUUGCUGCUUGUGCCAUCAUCAUCUUCAUUAGGAGAAGAACGAAGCGGAGCAGUGCAUAUAAAAUAGCCGAGUCUGCUGACGACAUUUGUAAUGUUGAAUCCCUGCAAUAUGAUUUUCGCAGCAUCAGAGCUGCACCAAAUAAUUUUUCCGAUGCUAACAAGCUCGGACAAGGCGGAUUCGGGGCUGUUUAUAAGAAGCCAUGGAAAUAAUACAAUACUUGUACAUGGAAAGAAAGAUGAUAAGACGGCAAGAGUUAUCAUCUUCAUUGCUGUCCCAGUUGGAGCAACUCUAUUUGCUGCUUGUGCCAUUAUCAUCUUCAUUAGGAGGAGAAUGAAGUGCAGUGAAGCUGUGUAGAUAAUG